UGAUCCGGGUUCGAUCCCGGGCGUCGGCGGUCAGACAGCUUCAUAAAGUGACCAGAGAGCGAGAUUUGCUCAAAGAGGAAAAUGCAGAAUUGAAAAUUCGACUAGAAAAAAUGGAGGAGGAUAUUGAAGAAGGGGAACUCCGAAUGGAAUUAUCGGUUGGAGUGUUGAAGAGCACUGUGGAAGAGGUUGUGGGAUCAACUCCAAAAAAACAGAAGCUGAUCACUCUCGACAAGGAAACAAAACUGGUCCACCUGCCGCACGAUAAAACCGUCACUGCUGGCCAGUACGAAACCUUGCUGGACCAGAAAACGUUCCGCAAGAGAGUAAACAAACUCGUCGAGCUCUACUGGCCAGAUAAGCUAAAGAGGGACAAUCUGUACUUUGAGAUAACAGACAAGAAAGCUCAACAGAAUCCAGCAGCGGAGUUGAUAACUGAUGAGGACUUGAUGAUCCUGAGAGAUCUUCUGGAAGCACUACAGGCUUCUCACUGUUUGCCUGCUCUGGACGACAAGGGAGUAGAAAUACCGUGGGAAUUUGCCUACAAAUGGUUCAUUGGUGCGAAACUCACGUCGGACAGGAACGUACGGAAGCGAUCCAACCGAAAACAGCCAGAGCAGGCAAAGGGGGCAGUUGGGGACGGGGAUAGGACUGCAAGCAAGUCCACCACGUUGAAGAGAAGACAUGUCGAUGAUCAAUGCCUCCAAAAAAAAAAAAAGAAAGGCAAAUAG